AUGGGCAGCGCCGGCGGGGCGGGGGGGCCGGGCCCGGGGUGGCCCCGCGCCGCGGGGGGUCCCGCUGCCCUUGAGCCAAGGACGGCGCCGCUCCGGGGGGCCCCGGCACCGGCACCGGCACCGGGGGGGCCCUCCCGGCCCGCGGCCGGCCCCCGCCCGCCCCGGUGCGGCUGCGCUGCGCGGCCGGGGGGGUCCGGGGCGGGAGCCGGAGGGGGCGGCGGGGCCGAGCCCCCCCGCGCUACCCGCCCGGUGCGCGCCGCGCCAUCGGCCUUAUUUAGUCACGGAGCGGCCGGGGGGGACCGGGACCCGCCCCGCGCGCUCGCCGCCGCUCGGAACAGGUCGCAACGGCUCGGCUCCGCUCGGAACGGCCGGGCUGAGCCGGGCUCGGCCGGUUCGCUCGGGAGGGCUCGGCUGGGUUCGGCCGGGUUCGGCUGUGCUCGGCUGCACUGGGUUCGGCCGGGCUCGGCUCGGCUCGGCCCCGUUCGGCUGCGCUCGGGCGCGGCGCGGCCCGGCUCGGGCGGGCCGAGCUCGGCUCGGUUCGGCUCGGCUCGGUUCGGCUCGGCUCGGCUCGGCUCGGGCUGGUCCCUGCGCUCGGCCCGGCCCGGCCCGGCCCCGCGGGCGCGGCGGGCGCUGCGUGUUGACAGCGGGGCCGGGGCGGGGCCAGCGCGGGCGCAGCCAAUGGCCGCGGGGGGGCCCGGGACCCCCGCCCCGCCCCGCCCGGGGGCGCCCAGCGCGCCCUUGGCCACGCCCCGCCUCGGCCACGCCCACCGGCACCGGGCCACGCCCCCUCCCGGAUCCCCGCAACGCCCCGCGACCCCCGUGGGACGCUCCGGUCACAGCCACGCUCUACAACGGGGCCGCGCUCCCGGACAGCCCCGGUUCCGGUGCCUGUUCCGCGCCGUUCCAGCCCGGUCCCGGUCUCCUCCCAGCCCGGCGCUGCCCGGGAUGCUCCCGGUCUCUGUCCCAGGUGCUGAAAAUGGCUCCGCCCCGGGGCUGCGACCGCCGGGACCGGCCGGGGUGACCGGACCCGAACGGACCAACCGGACCCGAGCGGGCCCGAACAGACCGACGGAACCGGCUGGGCUGGCUCCGCCAACCGGACCCGACCGGAUCCAGCCAGUCCCGACCCGACCGGCUGGACCGACCGGCUGCGAGCGGCUCCCAGUGGCCUCAAACGGACCCGAACGGACCCGAGCGGGCGUGAAUGGACCCGAACGGACCGACCGGGACCGACCGGACCCGAACGGGCGUGAAUGGACCCGAACGGACCGACCGGGACCGACCGGACCGACCGGACACAAAUGGAUCCACUGGACUGACCAGACCGAGGCGGGCGAUCCGGUCGGUGGGCGCUCCGCCGUGACCGACAGGCCCGGCCCGCCCCGCGGUGAUGGACCCGCGCCCCGCGUGGGUCCCCGCGGCGCCCCGGGCCCGGCCGUGCCCCCGCGCCGUGCCCCGGUGCCGCCCCGCGGUGCCCCCGCCCCGCUCUCCCCCGCAGGAAGGAACCGCCGGGCCGGCACCGGGCGCGGUUUCCCGUCGCUGCCGCCCCCGUCCCGGACCCCCACCCCCCGCGACCCCCGCGACCCCCGCCCCGCUCCGGGGUCACCGCAGGACCCUCCCCGCCCGCAGCUGGGCGCCCAGCGCGUCAAUGGCCGGAACUGGGUGGAAGCAGCGGGAAGUGGGGGGGUCCCGCAGGACAUCCGCCCCACGGCCGGGGGGCUGGGGGCGGCCCGGGAGCCCCCCGAGGCACCCGAUCGCCCGGUGAAAAGGGCUGUGUCCCACCCGGGUGCCAUGUGUGUUCCCAAGCCCCCCCAAGGCCAUGUCCCCUCUCCGGGUGCCAUCGCUCCCUCCCCACGGCCACAUGCCGGGGCCCGCGGGGCAGAUCGGGCUCCAGUGCCCCCGCGGGGUUCCCGGUGUGUCCCGGUGCCGGUGACGGUGGCGAUGUCGGUGGCGGUGCCCAUUGUGUGCGGGGCGGGGGCGUCGCGGCCUCGUCACCACUUCCCCGGGCGGUAG